ACAUGUAACGUCAAUGAAGCUAGUCUGCGAAUAUGGCGGAGGAAGUUAUGGUAGUUUUAAAUCGCAGUGAAAAUACGGGUUUUGGUUUUUCACUUUUGGGCACAGCUGGAUUACCUCCAAUCAUAUAUGAUAUUGUGGAAAACUCGCCUGCAGCUGAAAGUGGUGAGGUAGAAGCUGGUGAUGUGAUACUUAAAGUAAAUGAAACAGACGUUAACAGAUUUUCCACGAAAGAAGUAUUAAAAUGUCUACGCUUAUCAACAGACCCUGUGACUUUAAAACUAAAAAGAGAUCCAGUAAUAAAAGCACGAGUACGAAGGUUUCUAUCCUCAGCAUCCGAAGAAGAUAUAGGCGAACUAGUAUCACGACCUUACACGUCAAAACGAAUUGCUAAAACAACGACAGUAUCUAGUCACCCACAUCCAGAAGCAUCACCACGAUCACCACAAGAAAGUCCUCCUCUCUCACCCCAAGCCAAUGGCAGCUUUUCCGAUUUGGAAUCAUUACUCCCUAUUGGCGACAGCUUUCAUGAAGAAGAGAGGCAAAAAUGGGAGCCUCUCAAUAAUAGUGAAAAAUUUGGUAAAUCUAAAGGUCCGCCACGGUUCGAGGCGUUCAUGAUGACUGGGGAUUUAAUAUUAAAUUUAUCUAGAACGCAACAAAGCACCGGACUGUUCCCACGACAAAAAAAAGUGGAUAGCUUACGCUAUUAUAAUAAUCAUAAUCAUCAUCACCCAUCGCACACACACAUUAAACACUAUCAUAACUCUGUUCCGUCGAGUCCUAGUGAAAUGGAAAUGGGUCAACGUACACAGAAUUGUCGCUCUGGAUCAACUUCAGCGGGCACAUCACCAGUAGCUGCGGCGAAACGGGACUCAUCAUGUACAUCAAGCACUGGAUCAGACAUGGGAAAAUCACCAGCUGGAUUCGCGUAUCAUUCAGCUGGUGGGUAUGUACGAACAAGUCGAUCCGAAGAUCAUUUGCAACCACAAAAAGAUAGUAUGAGUGCUGUGGACAUUGACAUUGAUGAGGAUGUGACAAGUUCGCUGAAUACGCUUUUAGAUACACGACAAGAUACAAAUAAUAGUAAUAUUGCACCAACCAGUGCCGCGGAUCGAAUCGUCUGGACUUACAAUGCACCAGUCAGUUCUCCGUCAGCAUCGGAUCAUAAUUCAUGUUGUCAAACUAUGUCGAAUGGAAGUAGUUCUUCACAUAGUACAUCCUCGUCUGGCAAUAGUCCGUUACGUUCUGUUUCACCGGCAUCGCCAACCUCUGUGUCUUCCUCAGUAAUGUCAAGUCAAUCUGGUUCUCGUCGUAUUGUUCAUACCAUGCCUUGCCACACAUUUAAUGGUGAACAUAGUGUUAGUGUUUCCGAAGCGAUAUCAAAUAUCUCCAGUCCCGAUUACCAUGAUGAAGAGACAAUGGAUAUACUUAGUUCUCGUGAUAUUAUGAUUAGUGAUCCCAGUGAUAGUGACAGUACAAUUUUAGUAUCGGAGCCAAAUCAACGGCGUGCCGCGGGUGGUAAAGGUGAUAGUCAAAGUAACUCUUAUGCGAGUGUUAAAACUGUGAAUGCGAACCAUAUGGUAGGGGGACCAGAUAGUGAUCAUCGUAUUGUGAUACAAGUGAAAGGCCCUGAUAAAGAAAAUAAUGUGACAGGACAUAGCCCUCGUGGUAGUAGACGUUUACAAAGAAGUGAUAUGCCCCAUCAAACUGGUACUAAUGUUAGGCAAAUGGCAGCGGCAAAUAAUAACAGUUCAGGUAACGUAGGUCCCGAAAUGCAAGGAUAUCAUGAAUUAAAAGAUGCAGAAGAUGAUACACAAGGAUUAUCUGCAGAGGAUCCAUUAUUAGCGAGAGUUAUUAGUAAAGCAACAUCACCACCAAUGUCUGAAGAUGACAGCGAUAUCGAAAGUUUACAUAGUUUCCAUUAUUCACCUAAAGCUGUUGAUUUGCCAUCAGCUAUAAGACUUGCCAAAAGACUUUAUUCACUGGAUGGAUUUAAAAAAUCAGACGUUUCUCGACAUCUUAGUAAAAACAAUGAUUUUAGCCGUGCAGUAGCCGAAGAAUAUUUAAAAUAUUUUAAUUUUGAACGAGAUUCGUUAGAUGUAGCAUUAAGAAAAUUUUUAAAACAAUUUUCACUGACAGGAGAGACACAAGAACGAGAAAGAGUUUUAGUACAUUUCUCAAAAAGAUAUUUAGACUGUAAUCCAGGAUCCUUUAAUUCUCAAGAUGCUGUUCAUACGCUAACAUGUGCCAUUAUGUUAUUAAAUACCGAUUUACAUGGUCAAAAUAUUGGUAGAAAAAUGACGUGUACAGAAUUUGUAGAAAAUUUAUCCGAUUUAAAUGAUGGUGAAAAUUUCCCUCGAGAAGUUUUGAAACAAUUGUAUCAAGCUAUUAAAAGUUAUCCUCUUGAAUGGGCACUGGAUGAAGAAGGUGAUGAAUGUGCCGUUCAAGCUCAAACUAAACAAACUGAAUUACAAAAUAAUCUUACCACUAAUCCAUUUUUGGAUGUACCCAAUUCGGCCAGUGCUAUUGAAUAUAAAAAAGGUUAUGUAAUGCGAAAAUGUUGUUAUGAAGCUAAUGCCAAAAAAAGCAUCUGCUGCAAUUUUCUAGCUCCAUUUGGAAAGCGAAGUUGGAAAAUGUUUUACUGUACGCUGCGUGAUUUGGUGCUGUAUUUACAUAAAGAUGAACAUGGAUUUAGAAAAAAUCAAAUGAGUGAUAAUUUACAUAAUGCAAUUCGAAUUCAUCAUGCCUUAGCAACAAAAGCACAAGAUUAUACAAAAAAGCAACAUGUGUUUCGAUUGCAGACUGCUGAUCAGGCUGAAUAUUUAUUUCAAACUAGUGAUUCUAAAGAAUUACAAUCAUGGAUUGAUACAAUAAAUUUCGUAUGUGCAAGUUUUUCUGCUCAACCAUUAGAAGGGGGUGUUGGAUCUCAAAAGAAAUUCCAACGACCUCUUUUACCUUGUAGUCAUACAAAAUUAAAUUUGAGAGAACAGUUAAGAGACCAUGAAGAUAGAGUAGUCAAAUUAGAAUUAGAAUUAGAAGAACAUCGUAAAAAUCAACCAGAAAGAAGUGCCAAAGCAUUGGCAAUACAAAACUAUAAAGAAAAAGAUACCUACCUUCAUUAUGAGUUAAAACGUUAUAAAACAUAUGCAUAUUUAUUACGAUCCCGGAUGGCUCAAUAUCCAGAAUUAGAAUCAUCAUUAGUUGAAUCAUGUAUCGGUGAAGUGGAUGAGGCGAGCGGUGUUGCGUUAUUAGAAAGUUCGGCUGGAGGAAUUGUACCACCACCGGUUCCCGAUAGACGAUCACCACCAACUAAUAGGAACAAGGCAACUUCUCGAUGAAAUCACAUACAAGAAUUUUGUUGCAGUCGAAUAUAAAUAAGCAUGUUCUUACACACACCUUAAUACUCAACAAAUAAAAAAUGGCGCAUCCACACACAGUUUACAAAUUAUUUUAUUUAAUUUGUGCGUUUUUAAUAAUAUAAAAAAAUUUUAUGGCCAAAGAUUGGUUUCAAUGGGACAAAUUUAAAAUAUAAGAAAAGUGUUGAAAUUAUAUUUUUAAGAGUA